GGACAUCUAUUUUGUUUUAUUUUGUUUUGAUACAUAAUAAAUAUGCAUACACUUUUCUGAAAACAGCAUGUCUAUUUCCUGUGAAGGGACUACCACCAAAUCCGGGCUUCUUGAGUCUCAGUCCAUGUGCAAGUACAGUAUGACUCUGACCUGUGAGCAGUUCAGGAGUUCAGGGAUAGAUUCACGACCAACUAGAAUCCAUAAGCACAAUGUUGUCAGAACAACACCACAUUUUCGGCUUCACUUGAACCUGCUAGGACACAAAACCUGAGAAUAAAGUCAGCACAGAAGAGAGCCAAGAAAUAGAAAUUGAAUCCUGAUGACAUUGGAAUGAGUCCCCGAAUCAACCCUACUACCUCAAGCCAACCAGCCCUAAUCCUGGACUAUUGAGAUAUGAGUCCAUAUAUACACGUUUUGCUUAUACCUGUUGGAUUUUAUUUUCUGUCACUCAUAUCCAAAUAAUUCAUCACAAUGCAAGGGUUCUCAAACGCUGGCCCUGCCUUCUGGGAUAGCUCUGUGUGUGUGUGCAUAUAAAUUAAUAAUUUAUAUGUAUUAAUAUAUUAAUAUAUAAUAUAUAUUAACUUCUCUGUGCCUCAGUUUCCAUUUAUGUGAAAAAAGUAGCAAUACCUACUUCAAAGAGUUGUAAAGAUUAAAUUGAGUUAUAAAUGUUGGAGUAUAAAUUUGUUCCACAACACUGAAGAACAAGAUACAUCACAUUACUUAAUUUUUCUAAAUUAAAUCUGAUUCAAAAAUCUCAUUUACUAGUGUUGGAAGAUGUCCAAUAUUAAAUCAUGAUGUGGCAGGAGGGAGCUUUUUUCUUCUUUAGAAUGAUAUACAUUGACCAACAAAACAACUCUCCACCCACCCCCAAAAAAACCCAAAACACUUAGAAAAUAACCUCUGGUCUUAAGUCUAUCAUGGUUGCCACUGGGAUGUGCAUCGUAUAAAUGCAUAUGGUCUAUUCAAAGGCAGGUGGCUCCACAGCAUCUCUGCACACCAGCAUUUUUGCAGCAGUUCCCAAGACUGUGGCUGGAUCUAUAGUGCUCUAACCAUUAAAUAGGUUCUCCCCAUUAGAAGUCUUGCUGGAAAAAAAAAAAAAAGUCCUGCUGCCUCUUCUGUACAGACCCUAACACUCAUGGAACCCAUUGCUAUAUCCCUUUUCUCAAAUUCCUAGACACACUUUUAUCCUUGGCAUUGCUUCUUUCAAUCAUCUUCCAACUUCUUCUCAAGAACACCUAGCUAAAUUAAAUUCCCCUCCCACACAAAAGCCUGGAUAAGGUUGUAGACCAGGUAUCUUGAAACUUUGAUUUGGGACUAGAAAACAUAAACUCUAUUACCAAUUCCAUGAGACAAGAAAUCUAGAAUUCCUGGAGGAGAGGAGAGCUAAGUUACCUUUUUAUCCUACCAGAUGUCUCCUUUGGCAAGGAGUAGAAGACAACAAUUAAUAGCUUGGUAAAAUAUCUACCAUAAAUAUAAGUAUAUAGGUAUUCAACAUUCUUUUCCCUGUUUCCUAUUAGGAUUCAACUUACCUUCUUCAUCCAGAGGUAUUGCUACCUCAAAUACCAGGCAGGUAAUACAAAUGAGUAAAAGUGGACAAGUAUAAGAAAACAAAAUCAUAGGCACAAUGAUAAACCACAACUAGCCUUAGGCUUGGUAUUAAUGUUGAGAACAUGGUAAGAACCAUGGUGAACUGAAGGGCACAUGUACACUACAAGGGGAGCCACUGCUACUUAGCUCUUAUUUUGUGGAAAUGAGAGUCUAGUACUGCCAGGUUUUAAACUUAAAAUACUAUUAUGUACAAUCUACUAGUUUUACAGUGUUGGCUACUCCAGUUUUUAAUGCUGGCCACAUCGAGCCAAAUAUUACAUAUCAGUACAUCAUUUUAAGCCCUUUUAUAGUUUCAGCUGCUACAUAUAUGCUACUAGCUAUAAAAUUUUACAUCUCCACCAUAGACUGUUCUUCCAAGCUUCAGAUCCACAUAUCUAAUUGCCUCCUACCUAGUUUUUCGUUGUCACAGAAACCUCAAAUACAAAUGUCUAAAUGGAGCUCAUUACCUCCCCCCACCCAUAAAUUGGUUCCCAGGUCUGUGUUCUCUAUCUCAGUAAAAUGGCGCUAAUAUAUACACCCUGUUUCCUAAGUUAGAAACCCUAGAGUCAUUCUCAAUUCCCAUACUCCUCUAUCCCACUGGUAAUGAAGCCUAACCAAUUAUAUCUUUGGUAUUCUGGUAGAAUUAAUUAUUCUCCAUUCUUACCAUCACUGUCUUGGUUUAGGCCUCAUCUUUUGUUUUGCCUAAACUAAAGCAAGAAUUCCCUAACUAAUCUCUCACCUCAAUCUCUUUGCCCUCACUAGAGCCAGUGUUCUUUCCAAGAUACAAACUUAAUCUUGUCACUUUCCUGCUCAAAACUUUUCAAUGACUUCCAUCAUCUUCAGGGUAAAUUUCAGUUUCUUAGAUUGAUAUUGAGGGGCCCCGGUGAACUUAUCUUUCCAGAUCCAUCUUUUACCACUUCCCCAACCCCCAUACAUUGAAAUGCCUUCAGUUUCCCUAAUGAUACGUGCUUUCUCUGCCCUAGCACCUAAUACAGGCUGUUCCUCCUGCUUGAAUCGUCUUUCUCUUGCUCCUUAUGCUUUCAUUUUCUUGGUUCCUCAAACCAAGCAUUAAUCAUCUCCUCUAAAAAGCAGCCCCUGGGCAGCCCAGGUGGCUCAGCAGUCUAGCGCCGCCUACAGUCCAGGGUGUGAUCCUGGGAACCCAGGAUCGAGUCCCACGUCAGGCUCCCUGCAUGGAGCCUACUUCUCCCUCUGCCUGUGUCUCUGCCUCUCUCUCUCUCUGUGUGUGUGUGUCUCUUGUGAAUAAAUAAAUAAAACCUUUAAAAAAAUAAAUAAAAAUAAAAAGCAGCCCCUGAGAAGCAAACCCCUUCCCUGGGCUAGUUAGAUAUCCUCCUCUUAUCCCAUAGUACCCCAUGCAUAUUUCUAUUUUGUCUAUUACUUAGCUGUUUUCACCCUACUGAAAUGAGACCUAUUUACUGCAGAGACUGUCUUAUUUCUAUCUCCUCAAGACUGAGCACAAUAUCUGAUCCAUAGUAGGUACUCAAUAAAUACAUGUUGAAUGAAUGAAUAAAUAAAUAAAUCAAGUCCAACCCACGAUACGUAGGGGAGAAAUCUUUCUGGCCUGAAAUCACAUAGCUUAGGGUGGCCUGGGUGGCUCAGCAGUUUAGCGCCGGCUUCAGCCCAGGGCCUGAUCCUUGAGACCCGGGAUCAAGUCCCACAUCAGGGUCCCUGCAUGGAGCCUGCUUCUCCCUCUGCCUGUGUCUCUGCGCAAAAGCAAAAAUGAACUAUUGGGACUUCAUCAAGAUAAGAAGCUUUUGCACAGCAAAAGAUACCAUCAACAAAACUCAAAGACAACCUACAGAAUGGGAGAAGAUAUUUGCAAAUGACGUGUCAGAUAAAGGGCUAGUUUCCAAGAUCUAUAAAGAACUUACUGAACUCAACACCAAAGAAACAAACAAUCCAACCAUGAAAUGGGCAAAAGACAUGAACAGAAAUCUCACAGAGGAAGACAUAGACAUGGCCAACAAGCACAUAAGAAAAUGCUCUGCAUCACUUGCCAUCAGGGAAAUACAAAUCAAAACCACAAUGAGAUACCACCUCACACCAGUGAGAAUGGGGAAAAUUAACAAGGCACGAAACCACAAAUGUUGGAGAGGAUGUGUAAAAAGGGGAACCCUCCUGCACUGUUGAUGGGAAUGUGACCUGGUGCAGCCACUGUGGAAAACUGUGUGGAGGUUCCUCAAAGAGUUAAAAAUAGAUCUGCCCUACAACCCAGCAAUGGCACUGCUGGGGAUUUACCCCAAAGAUACAGAUGCAAUGAAAGGCCGGGACACCUGCACCCCGAUGUUUCUAGCAGCAAUGUCCACGAUAGCCCAACUGUGGAAGGAGCCUCGGUGUCCAUUGAAAGAUGAAUGGAUAAAGAUGUGGUUUAUGUAUACAAUGGAAUAUUACUCAGCCAUUAGAAAUGACAAAUACCCACCAUUUGCUUCGACAUGGAUGGGACUGGAGGGUAUUAUGCUGAGUGAAAUAAGUCAAUCGGAGAAGGACAAACAUUAUAUGGUCUCAUUCAUUUGGGGAAUAUAAAUAUAGUGAAAGGGGAUAAAGGGGAAAGGAGAGAAAAUGAGUGGGAAAUAUCAGAAAGGGAGACAGAACAUGAGAGACUCCUAACUCUGGGAAACGAACUAGGGGUGGUGGAAGGGGAGGUGAGCAGGGGGUGAGGGUGACUUGGUGGCGGGCACUGAGGUGGGCACUUGACGGGAUGAGCACUGGGUGUUAUUCUAUAUAUUGGCAAAUUGAACACCAAUAAAAAAUAAAUUUAUAAGAUAUAAAUAAAUAAAUAAAUAAAUAAAUAAAUAAAUAAAUAAAAUCUUUAAAAAAAUCACAUAGCUUAGAGUUAGAGAACCCAAAUCUUAAUUUCAGCUCAGUGCUCAAUCAGACCUAAACUGGCCUUUGAUGGGGGUGAGGUGAGAAGAGAGGCAUUAAAAUGUACUGGGAAGGCAGAGAUUAAAGUUGUCCCUGAAAGAGUCCAUGUGGAACAGAGUGGUAGUUUUAGGAGAAAAGGGGGAAAUGAGGAAAAAUAUACUCAAGUGCAUUUAAUUUGUCAACUUUAACAUUAAUGCUUGCCAAAAAGAUCUCAAGCAACCUAAAGUCAAAUAAGACAGUUCAUAGCUGAAAUGAGAUUUAAAAGGGGGGGAGGGUGAGAACAGACUCCAUAUAUUAAAGAUGGAACAAGUCUUGUAAUUAGGAACCUUAAACAAUUUUUAAAAAGAUUUAUUUAUUUUAGAGCAAACAAAAGAGCAUGGGGGGAGGGGCAGAGGGAGAGGGAGACAAGUAGACUCCCUGCUGAGUGUGGAGCUCAAUGCAAGACUUGAUUCCAGGACCCCAAUACCAUGACUUGAGCUGAAACCAAGAGUCAGCCACUUAACCAACUGAACCACCCAAUUGCCCCAAAAGAAAUAUAUUUUUUUAAGAUUUUAUUUAUUUAUUCGUGAGAGACAGAGAGGAAGAGACAUAAGGCAGAGGAAGAAGCAGGCUCCCUGUGGGGAGCCCAAUGAGGGACUCUGUCCCAGGACCCUGGGACCACGACCUGCCCCAAAGGCAAAUGCUCAACCAGAGCCACCCAGGCAUCCCAAGAAAUAAUUUUUUAAUAUAGCAUAUAUUAUAUACUAUCCUAAUCAUAUGAAUUUGUUCAUUUAAUACUCAAAACAAUUCUAUGUGGUAAGUAAUAAUAUCACUCCAAUUUUACAGGUGAGAAAAUUGAGGCCCUAGAAGAUUAAUUAGUUUGAGAUUUCACAGAUAGGAAGUGGCAGAGGUAGGAUUUGAAUAAAGCAGUUUGAUGCUAGAAUCCAUGUCCUUAAUGACAAGGCCUGAAGCAUAAUUCUGGCUUUGGCCAGACAAAGACAAAAGAGAUCACUCAGGUUUCAGUGUUAUGAAGUAUUAGUUGCCUGGUACAGGCAAUUUUUUUACUCUAAAUUCAGGGAAAAGGCUGUUAGGCAUGUGGGGGAUGGGAGUUCUUUGUUCUGUGAUGCAGUGAUGACCUCGGGAUAAACUGCCACUAGGCUGAGGAAAAUGGAAUGGCUGAUAGAAGGCCUGCUUGGGACUGAAGGGGACAUGGGGCUUCUUUGGAGCCAGUUGACCCAUGCCCUGGCCUGCAGACACUGUGGCAGCAGCUGCCUCCAGAGUCCAGGGAAUCUGGUGACACUAUUCUUGUUCAUGAUUUGGCAGAUUCGGAGGUGGUGGCAACUUGGGAGCUGGCGACAGCUUCAACUCUGGUACUCUGGGGACAUGAUGCAAAGCAAGAGCCUACCACUUCUGUACCAUGUGGCUUUCCUUGAUCACUUAUGGAAGCAGAAGUCAGAGGAGGAAGAGGAAGAAGAGGAGGAAGAAGAGGAUGUGUCUCUGGAUCCACUGAAGCCAUGUUCUCUUCCCAAAGAAGUUCCCCUUGGAGAAGAAGCCACCACAGCCCCAUCUCAACCACCUUGUGGUCCUGAGGACCUCCAAAAAGCCAUACGGACACCAAAGCAAGUACAUACACGCACCCCAAGCCCUUCCAGAUCCUUCCCCACCUUUCAGAUCCUGACCAACCUGCCUAUGAGGCACAAAACAGCAUCAGGAAACUGUCUACAUCAGAGAAAAAGCCAGUUCUUCUGGGGUCUCCCCUCUCUGCAUAGUGAGUCCUUGGAGGCCAUCUUGCUGAGCUCAGGUGGCCCCUCUCCCCUAAAGUUGUCUGUUGGUCCUUCUGCCUUCUUCAACAAGCUUGCCUUCCUGCCUAGAUCCAACCGUCUGCUUCCCCAGUACUGCUCCCCAACUCAGCCUCCUACCCGUGAAAUCCAUACUACAGAAGAUAUGGAAGGGAUGGCCCUUGAUCCUCAGCAAUUUUCUCCUCCACCUUCCCCUUCUGUCCCAUCGCUACCCUUUCAUCCUAAGUCCUUUCCCAUGGACCACAAGGGAGUCCUAUCUGGUGCUAAGGCACAUACACAGUGGUUUAUGCAGCAGAAAGAAGUCCCUUGGGUCUCUGAGGAUCAAAUCCUGCACCUACAACCUGAACUCCAAAGAACCAGAUGCUUCAAGCUCUCCCCCUACUCUGAGGUCUGGUGGGAUGUACCACAGAAUCCCAGACUCCAACAACACAUUCUAGAUUCACUCUCUGCCUCUCUGCUAUAUCAUUCUAGCCUUCUGGGAUUCCUGACAAGGUUUGAGGCCCCAUGGAAGGCUAUGGAGCAAAACAAGGACCCCAAGGCCUCUGCGCCUGCAAAGCCAGCUCCCAGCUCAACCCUGGCCUCCCUUUCAGAACUCCAGGAAGUCAGCCCAAUAGAAGGGCUACCUGGAUCCCAGGUCCUCUGGGAAACCACAGGACAAAGAGAGCAUCCUCAGAUCUCUAAGCCUUCAAUCCUGGUCCCUUGCCAAUCGGUAGACCCCAUGACAAAGUCUCAAGGAACUAGCCCCCUGGGAGCUCCACCUGGAUAUAAGACUCAGUGGAGAACCACAGUUUGUAAAGAGAGUUCUCAAGCCUUUGUGCCUCCAAUGACAGCUCCCUGCCAACUCCCAGAUGCUCUGUCAGAACUCCAGAAAGUCAUCCCUGAAGGAGGACUUUCUGCACCUAAGGACUUCUGGGAAACCAUGAGUCACAGAGAGAGCCCACAGACCUCUAGGUCUCCAAUGCCAUCACCCUCCCCUCCCCUAGAUCCCCUGCCAGAACCCCAGGGAGGCAGUUCUCUGGGAGAUUCACCUAGGUAUAAGCUCCAAUGUGGACACAGAGAAAAUUCAGGAAACCCUUGGGCCUUUAAGCCCUCAGCCCUAGACCUCAGCCCAGGGCUCUAUGGAACCAGGCUUGAAUGUGUCCCACCAAGAUCCGAGACUCCAUGGGAAGGUAAGCAGAGUAAAGAUAAUCUAUGGGUCUCUGCAGACCCAGUUUCUUCUCCCAGCCUUCCCUCAUCCUCUCUGCUGGUACCCCUAGAAAUGAGUUCCCAGGAAGUCUUGUCUGAGUCCAAAACUUUGGGAGGGCAGAGAGAGAACCUCUGGACCUCUGAGUCCCCAGCCCCUGCCUAUAGCCCAUCUCUAGCUUCCAUUCUAGAAUUCCGCAGAAUCAAUCAUAUGGGAGGCCUCACUAGAUCAGAAGCUGCAUGGAAGGACAUUGAACAUUCUAGGCAUUCCUGGAUUUCUGAGCCCCCAUCUCUGGCCCUCAGCCCACCCCCAGUUCUUAUAUUGGAGCCCCUCAUAGCUAGCCCCACAGGGGUCCUGUUUGAUUCUGAGGCUAGAUAUGGGGAUAUAAAAAGGAGAAAGAACUCCUGGACCUCUGAGCUUCCAGUUUGCAGCUUACCCCAAGACCCACAUGGAACCAGAUCUUUGGGAGCCCUGUCUAAGUGUGAACCUAUUGAGGGGAACAAGCAGAAAGAAACCUGUUGUGUUCCUGGGUCCCCACUGUGGGACCCCAGUCCACCUCCAAACUCUAAGUCAAAGUCUCACAUAAGUGAGACUCCUAGAGACCAAUGUACCUGUAAGCCUAAGGGAAAAGCAGUGGAGCAGAGAGACAACUGCUGGGCCACUGAGCUCCCAGCCUCAACCCCCAGAUCUCUCUCUGCUCCUCUACUAGAUCCACAUAUUGACCUUGAGUUUGUGUGGAGGAAUGUGCAACCAAGAGGGAUCCCCCAGGACUCCAGCCCUCCAGCAAUGGAUCUCCUGCAUCCAAUACCCUGGCCUCCCACCUUAGCUAAAGCUCUGAAGAUUGAGCCCAACCAGUCUGACAUACCCAAGAGAGAGUUGUUCCCAGGUGCAAAGGCAGAGACUCCAUCCUCCCAGAGAGAGGCCGUCCCAGAGGUGCCCUCCACCUCUGGGAUCCAGGCCUGGCACUGGAGUAGAGAGUUGGGACUCAGGCUAAAGAAACUACAGCAGAGCCCCGCUUCCAGAUCCCCUGACCCAAGUCAAUCAUUUGGCAGCUCCCCUGCCCUGAGCUCCACAACUCCAGGCUCCUGGAGACUCUCUACGUGCCCCCCACAGCAGAAUAAUCCCCCUAAUUUGUGCCCCCACUCUUCAAGCUGUCAUCCCCCAAAAGUUCACAGCACAGUAGCUCAGCCUGUCCAGAUCUCCCACUGUUAUCACUCCCACUCUUCUUCCCAGCCUCUGCCACAAGGGUCUGGCAGGGCCGAACAAGGGUCUCAGAAAGAGGAAAGAGUGAAGGUGAAGAUGGUGGCCCAGGUCUCAUCCCAGGGGCCAUGUGCUCGCAUACAGACUGGUGAGAAUGGCCCAGACCUAAGCGAGCCCUUAAACCCUGAGGUUCCGGCCUCAGGCAAUGGACAGAACAAGGCUUCAACCCUAUCUUCAGCCAAAAAGAGAGAGAGCCCCAGGAAACCCAAAGCAGGAGACCACAGAAGAGGGGAUGCAAGACUGGGGUCAUCCACAGUUACAGGGAAGAGCCACCCAGCCCAGGCCAGAAGACCAGUGGAAGGUCCUUUAAACAGACUUUCCCAAAGAUCUCAGCAUAAGGACCAGAGCUCUCGACACAUUGCUUUCCCUCAGCAGCUUCACUCUAAGGCUGCAGGUCCCCAAAUUCAGCAAGGGGCAGGGCUGAGAGCUGGUGACAUCCUGACCCCUCAACACUGUAAGCACUGCCAUUGGGCCCACAUGGAAAAGCAUCUCUCUUCCCCCACACCUCGGGUUCCCCUUACCAGGAGUCUCCAAAGAAUGUUAGCCAAGUUUCUGGGUACCCGGCCCCUGCCAACUAAAUCCAGUAAGAGGAAAGACUGGUAGUACUGACACCCCAUAACCCAAGACCUGAAGCCAAACCAGUUGUGGGGUGGAAAUAAUAAACUAGCUAAACUAGACAAGUAUCUCUCAUGUCAUCUUUAGUCUGAGGUACUAGUAAUGUCAGUUCCCUAUUAACUUCUGCUAUGGCUGUAUUCCCUCAGGAACAGAGAAGUAGAGUUUUCAAGAUUCUGCAGGCUAAACUUUUAAAGCCCUUCACAGGGCAGCCCGGGUGGCUCAGUGGUUUAGCACCCGCCUUCAGCCCAGGGCAUGUUCCUGGGGUCCUGGGAUCCAGUCCCACAUCAGGCUCACUGCAUGGAGCCUGCUUCUCCCUCUGCCUGUGUCUCUGCCUCUCUCUCUC